AUUAGUUCUUCCAGGACGAGGUGAGCUUCAUUGUCACUUGCUGGAUUUUUUUCAGUAAAGUAUGCAAGUGUGAAAAACCUAGUAUUCAGUAAGCUCGUUUCAAUUCAAUACCCGAAAGAGCAAGUAAAUAUGGCCACAAGCUACCGAGAGCACUCGCCCUAUUCUAUGGUAAACGACGCCUCGCAAACAUCCGUUUCCCGGCACCAUGACAACACCCAUGUUGAGAAGCACCCAUAUGGCAUCCAUGCGUUGCAAACUCCCUGUUCUGCAGCCUUCUGCUGGAGAGAAAAGCCCGAAGCGAGCGCGAGUGUCUCCAGAACAGGGUAUUAGCAUAGAAGCCGUCGCCUCUGGCAAAGCGAAAGGGAAAGACACUGUCGAGGUAGAUCUGGUUUGCGAAAAGAGUCUGGAAGACCUCUCAAACGAACAAGUCCUGUCCUCGUGUCGGCUUCGUGCCUACUGCCCCGAGACGGGACGAGACAUCAGUGAGCACACGCUAUGCGAUCGGCUGCGAAACCGGAGGUUUUGUUGUGACAAGGACCCUAGGGGAACAAAGAUUUUUGCGAUCCAUAGUGUCUGCAUGCAACAGAUGUUGUGCAGACAUGAUGAGAGUAGUGACGACGCCUCGUCAGGCGAAUAUAAUUAUCUGUGUUUGCAGUUCUUUCCUCAACAAGUUGUUCUCGGCAUGCCCCUCGCGCUGGCGGACGACGAAAUUACAGGUGAAGAAGCUUGCAAGGGCGUAGAACUAGAGGAAAGUGCGGAUCGAAGGGUCGACCCGCAGGAUGUUCUGCGGAUCGAAAUAGACGACUUUGGUAGUCACGAGUCGUUCGCGACGGCUAGCCUGUGUGACAACAAAGUCACCACGAACCACCGAGCUACAUUCAUCGCCAUCCCCACCUGCAACUACGACUUUCAAUUGCUAUUUUUCCCGAAUCCGGAGGAGGAUAAGUUUGUCGAUACUAGAGGCUUGGACUUGCUUACUCGCGACUUGUGGAACGAAAAAAUGAUCGACGCGCUGUAUAAGCCACACCUGGAACUUCGUCCACAUAAGCAGAGGACCAAACACGGGGUAUUCAGAGGAAUCUUUCAGGAAGAGGAGGUGGACCAAUCACGGUUAAGGCUAGUACCGCAGAUGCACGCUCCAACGGCAUCUCUGGCUAAGUAUUUCCUAAGAACAAAAAAAAAGGCCAGAGAAGAUGCCUCGAAGGAUCGAUGCGCCAGCUCUUCUAACACAGGGCACAACUCCAUCUGAGUACUUGUAUUGUGACCAGUACUUUAACACCGGUCGAGGGCUUCAGGACCGGCGCGCGGAGAUGUUUGUGACGGAUCGACCGAUCAAAGUCUGGAUUUCUCAGCGAACCUUGUCGGCUGCAGAGGCAAACGCUCCCUUCGAGAACGAGCAACAGCAAGCGGACCUUCGCGCGCGCUUGCAAGCCGCGAAUAAGUUCUAUCGAACGGUGGAGCUAGGAUGGCCCGCGGUGUUUCGUGGAAUCAUUGAGACCGGAUUUUCGCCAGAGGAAGUUCUUGCGCUGAACAUGCUGAAGCCAGAAGAUGACCAGAGUCUUCGGAGUGACCGUAGAGGCUUUCAGAACAGGGUGAUGGACCUUUACUGAGGCGGAGCCUGAUGAAGCUACGUGAACAUGAUUUUCACUUUGUUGUAGCUUGGCUGAAUCUACGUGCUGUUAAGCAUCUGUGUGUACCUAGAUGAGCUUCAUACGAAUAACAGGUGACAGAGAUUAGAAAGAGACUAGCCUCCUGAUUUGGAGCUAUCCUACUAUCAUUCCAGAUUUGGUUCAUCUACUUGUCUUAAGCUUGGUUUUCUUCGUUGCUUCGAGGGAAUAAAGUGCCUUUUUCUAUUUAGCGAUUAUUCUAGAUUAUAGAAUUCUCUUUCUAGAAUCCCCUAGCUGCACAUUCUCACCCGCUAUCAACAAUAUUUGUAUCACAAGCAACAAGACUACAGCACCGACACAUCUCUAAAGAGGCAAUCGAAUUUAUGCCCUAGCAGACUAUUCAACACACGGGCAAGGUUGUGCCUACUCGGAAUUCCGCUUGUUCUGCGUGUCCAGAUGAAUUAUCAAAUAGAUAAAACAACAAUCGAUGUGCAGGAACCGUGGGUCCUGCUGAAGAAAUCACUGCCCUUGUGUCUGAGAUGCCAGAAAUUCUCGAUUCAAUGGAAACGGCAAAUCUGUAAGUCCUCUCCUGAUCCCGGUCCACAGCCUGUGUGAUUAUAACUGAAUGCGCUGAAACAAGUUGAAGGUUCUUUCUCUGGAUUGUCUUACUCAGCAGGGCUGCUUACUGCAAUAAUGAAAAACAAAAAUUAUCCUCGUUGACUUAUAGUUUGAAGUUAAAUGAUGUGUAUGUCGUGAAGUACUUACCGAAAUGGUGGAGCUUCUUCAUUGAAAGACUUCGUUUGACAAUUAGAAUAGGAGAGGCCAGCAAAAAGGGCACGUGUAUAAGAGUGUCGAUUUACAGUGAUUUGUCGGGCAUCAUGUUGGGAAUAUCGAUCAUGUUCAAGAGGAUGUUGUGCUAUUUAUGAUAACUACUGAGAAGUAUUAAUUGUUAAUAUUCUCGUCAAGCACUUUCUUAUAAAUAUCUUUCUCUUUGGGCAUCAUUCAGUCUACGCCUUGUUGUAGUUGCUGUUCUUAAAUGUACUUAUUUUGGAGUAAUGGAGUAAUCUCUCUCAACAUCAAAAACAUUAGCAUCCUUACCUUCACUUUUCUUGUUCUUCAUCCUCAAUGCAUGUCCCCGCGCCUCCCAACGAACAAUAGAUACUAUUAUAACUAUUUAGGAUCAUAAUGCUUUUUAAUAC